AGUUGAAACAUUACUCAGAUAACUCUACGUAUUUUUCAAGUUGCACCACUCUUUUAUUGGGUCCCAAAGUUUGUAGGGUAGGGUGUCUUGGAUAAUUAAGGCAAUGUCCAUGUGAACCUACCACAAGUCCUUCACCUGAUAUGUUUCUCAACAUUCUUAAUAAGGCUCUUACAAAUUUAUCCAUUCCCUUCCCCCUAUAUAUUUUAGGUACUGACAUGCUCAUUCAACCCAAAAUCUGCAGCUCUCACUUAACCACUAAAACAACUUUUCUAUUUCAACCUUUGAGGUGCAUUUCUUUAUUUGUUGAUUCUGAGUAUGGGGAUCAAAUUGAUGGGCAUAGCUCAUGCCAAGGAGAAGCUCCAGAGAACUCUUUCAGCAAGAUAUGGAUCAGCUGCAGACACUAAUGCUGAGGUUCCGAAAGGCCAUUUUGCUGUUUAUGUUGGAGAAGGAAAGAAGAAGAGAUUUGUGAUUCCAAUAUCAUAUUUGAACCAUCCUUUGUUCCAAGACUUGUUAACCAAGGCUGAGGAAGAGUUUGGAUAUGAUCAUCCUACAGGGGGUCUCACAAUUCCAUGCAGUGAAGACUACUUCCUUAGUGUAACUUCAGUUCUAAGUUGUUCAUAGAUGAUGAUGUUUCUGUAUAUGACCUCCAAUUAUAGGUCAAUUAUUUAACCAAUUCAUUCCUCCUUUCAAUUAAUUUUCCUUUCAUCCUACAACUGAAAGAAACAGAACUUGAGAUCAUAAGUGAUCAGUCUCUUCUUUUAUUUUGUAGUUUUUUUUGGAUCAAAAGUGAUCAGUCUCUUCAGUUUUGUAUUAAUUGUAAGUUCUGGGAAAUACCAUCCCUGG